GCGUCAUCAGAGAGCGCCGGCCCUGGGCGCCGGCGGCUGCGGCGGGGCCCGGCGCCGACAUGUGCCAGGCCGGCGAGGACUACGCGGACCCGGCGCCCCGCGAGCCAGCGCCCGCGCCGAGGCCCAGAGGCGAGCAGAAGUGCGUCAAGUGCAAGGAAGGCCUGCCAGUGGUGGUCAUCCGGGUGGGCGAUGCCUUCUGCAGGGACUGCUUCAAGGCCCUGUAUGUGCACAAGUUCCGGGCCAUGCUGGGGAAGAACCGCCUCAUCUUUCCUGGAGAGAAGGUGCUCUUGGCGUGGUCUGGGGGGCCUUCGUCCAGUUCCAUGGUCUGGCAAGUCCUGGAGGGCCUGAGUCAGGAUUCGGCCAAAAGACUGCGCUUUGUGCCAGGAGUCGUCUUUGUCGACGAGGGAGCAGUCUGUGGCCAGAGUCCUGAGGACAGAGCAGAGACCCUGGCUGAGGUGAAGCGGGUCCUGCACCGGGUCGGCUUCCCGUGGCACGUGGUGGCGUUAGAGGAGGUGUUCAGCCUGCCGCCGUCCGUGCUUCGCUGCUCUGCCCAGGAGCCGGGAGGGGCCGAGGGGGCCUACAAGGCGGCUGUGGACAGCUUCCUGCAGCAGCAGCAUGCGCUGGGCUCCGAGGGCGGCCCCGGCCCAGCCCAGGGAGAGGGCCAGACGCGCCCACCCGACACCCAGGCCGCCCUGGGCCACGCGGGCCCCGGCGAGUCCCCGACAGCUGCUCAGACCGAGGCCCUGUCCAGACUGUUCGGCUCGGUGAAGACGCUGACGGCCAAGGAGGAGCUUCUGCAGACCCUGCGGACCCACCUGAUCCUGCACGUGGCUCGAGCCCACGGCUACUCCAAGGUGAUGACGGGGGACAGCUGCACCCGCCUGGCCAUCAAGCUCAUGACCAACCUGGCCCUGGGGCGAGGCGCCUUCCUCGCCUGGGACACGGGCUUCUCCGAUGAGCGGCACGGGGACGUGGUGCUGGUGCGGCCCAUGAGGGAUCACACGCUGAAGGAGGUCGCCUUCUACAACCGCCUGUUCGCCGUGCCGUCGGUCUUCAGCCCGUCCUCCCCGCCCCAGGCACCGGAGAAGGCGAGCAUCCACCGUCUGAUGGAGGCCUUCGUCCUCCAGCUGCAGACCCAGUUCCCCUCCACCGUCAGCACCGUGUACAGGACGAGCGAGAAGCUGGCCAAGUCCCCCAGGGAGGGCUGCGCCGCCGGCCCCCCCGGUCCCCACUGUCUGCUCUGCAUGUGUGCGCUGGACAUCGACACGGACGAUAGCGCCACCGCCUUUGGAGCUCAGACCGCAUUGCGUCUCUCCAAAACACCACCGGCCGAGCGUGGGAGUGCCCCAAAAACACCACCGGCCGAGCGUGGGAGCGCCCCAAAAACACCACCGGCCGAGCGUGGGAGCGCCCCAAAAACACCACCGGCCGAGCGUGGGAGCGCCCCAAAAACACCACCGGCCGAGCGUGGGAGCUCGCCUUCCCCCUGCUGCGCCGCGGGCCGGGGCCUGGCCUGCUGCAGGGAGGAGGCCCCGGCCUGCGUCACGGAGCAGCUGUGCUACAGCUGCCGGGUCACCAUGAAGGACGUGCCCCAUCAGGACUCGCUGCCCCCCUACAUCCUAGCUGAGGCCCAGUUCCGCAGGCAGAGGGACCUGGUCACCCAGGAGAUCCAGGAAUACCUGAUCCAGGACAGCGACGGCGAGGCGGAGCUGGCUCAGAGCUGAGCCUGGAGGACAACGCUGGCCG